AACCCUCAUUCCCUUCCUAUCCUAGUGUCAUAGGAUUUAGAGUUGGAAGGGACCCUGUAGAAAUCAUCUAGUCCAACCCCUUCUCAUUUUACAAGUUAGGAAACUGAGGCCUAGAGAAGGAAAGGGACUUGCCCGAGGCCACACAAGUAGUAGAGGGAAGAGCUGACAUUCGAACCCAGGCCUUUGUUAGCUUUGGCUGUAGCUUCUUACAAUUGUAUGUUUGCCUCAUUUUACUCAACUCUCAAACCAAACCUGUUUAAAUUAAUUUCAAGGCCACCACCUCUACCUCAAUUUACCUUGGGUCAUUGAUAGAUUAAAGUACAUUACACAGGGAAACAAAACAUCCUUUUAAAAGAAAAAAAAAACCCACUCAUGUAAACCUUAGAUGAGGGUUGUGUAGCAAGUUGAUCCUGAACUACAAAUUCCUAACUUUGGAAGAGGGGACAAUAUAACAAACAAAAUGACUCUACAACCUUAACAUCACUCAGCCAAAAGGAAGACUAUGAACCAAGGAGGUGGUUCUAAUGAUGAGUAAAAUAGAGAUGUAGAGGCAGCACAGUUCAUCACAAAAAGAAAGAAACAAGCCACAAGCAUUGAAUGUUCAAAGAGACUGACAAUAAACAAUGGAAAACAUUGAAAAUGAAAAAGAAAAAUCAGAUGAUGAAGGAAAAUCUGACCCAGAGAAGACAAUAGACUUUUCUGAAUAUUUUAACCAACUGGAAUUGUUAGAAACACAUAGGCACCUAAUUCCCCUUGGAACUCAGAGCCUCUGGGUUGAUGAUACUGAUGACGAAGAAGAGCAAGACGAAGAAACUGAAGAGUGGUAUCAAAUGCAAGAACAAAAAAUGGAAAAGGAACCAAACAAAUUGCUUCUUUGGGCUGCCGAAAAAAAUCGGCUUGCCACAGUACAGAGGCUGCUUUCUGAAAAGGGCACUCAAGUAAACACCAGAGAUGAAGAUGAAUACACACCUCUCCAUCGAGCUUCAUAUAGUGGACACUUAGAUAUUGUCCGAGAGCUGAUUGCCCAAGGGGCAGAUGUUCAUGCAGUGACAGUAGAUGGCUGGACUCCCCUACAUAGUGCCUGCAAAUGGAACAAUACCAAGGUGGCAUCUUUCUUACUUCAGCAUGAUGCAGAUAUCAAUGCUCAAACAAAUGGCCUGUUGACCCCCUUGCAUCUUGCUGCAGGAAAUAGAGAUGGCAAAGACACCCUAGAACUCCUUCUCAUGAAUCGUUACAUCAAACCAGGCCUAAAAAAUAACUUGGAAGAAACAGCAUUUGAUAUUGCCAGGAGGACCAGUAUCUACCACUACCUCUUUGAAAUUGUAGAAGGUUGCACAAAUUCUAAACUGGAUUCUUAAAAAUUCUGAUAACUUUAAUCCUUUUCUGAGUAGCUGCACUUCCUUUGGAUAAAAUACAGUACAUUCCAGAAUAUUAAAUUUAGUUCAAAGAAGGUAUUUUGAAAACAGUCAGUAGUAUUUAUUCCUGUUGGUUAGACAGAUUCACUGUCAAAGUGUAUAUGAAAGGGCUCUGAGGGGUUUUCUAUUAUUUAUGUUUAUGUGGUGAUUUUGUGAUAUGGUCAAACAUAACUCUAACUUACUUGCACUUUUGUGUACUUCAAGUGUCAUAUUAAAAUGUGUCAUUUUGGGUGUUAAGCCAAAUAAAAUGCUUUUUAA